AUGAACUUCCACAACAACUCUUUCUUUGUCUUCUUGUUGGUGGUGCUUGCUCUCUUCGGUGUAACUGAAGCAAACUGUGACAGAGACCAUGCGUGUAUUGUGGGUAAUGGUGGAUGUUGGGCUAUUAACCCUUCGUAUUCUUGUCACGAUGAUCCAACUGCUUCUGCUUAUAGGGCUUGUGGCCUCUUUAGUCUUUUCAAAUUGAUUGCAGAUCUUGGUCAGACUCAAAGUCUUUGGACUUGGUUUAACAGAAACUCAAAUGCUAUAGUUGCUCCUAAUAUCGCUUAUAUCUUCAGCUACGGUCUUACAAUAGCCUCAAUAGACAAAUGCUCCUGUGAUACUCAAAAUAUAAAUGUACGCUAUUUGUAUACAGUUACAGUUGGCAAUGAAGGAGGAACUACUAAUGAUCGUUUUGGAUCGCGAUGGAACAAUUCAUUGAUGGUUGGAAGGACAUGGAGCAAUGCAUUUCAUCUCGGCAACAAGUCCAGGGAACAACUAUGAUAAUAGCGACAUAAGCUUGAUAGGGACAACAAUCCAUUUAUGGAAAAGACGCGGGAACAAAAGCAGUUACACUCGAAAGGUGGCAAAGUGACUCGAGAAUGGAUAGAUACAUGCGGUAUCACCACGACAUCGGAUCAAUCUUGGCUACGUGGAUAUACUUCGAUUAGCAUAGAAAAAUAA